GAGCGCGCGCCUCUACAGGGCGUGGUCGCUCGUGCGCGGGCUUCUCUAGUGAUGGCAAUGUGCGUGAAUAUGUUCAACCUGAUAUACCUGUUCAUGCGCUACCACGAGCUGUUACCUCCCGACGCGGUGUUUAUAAAGCAGGAAAUCGAGAGCAUCAUGCCCGACGUCAAGAACCUCGACAAGUACUUGGCUCCAAGAGACGGGACUAUCUUUCUAAGCACUCUCGCGGGCAUCAGCGUUGCGUUCGAUUUCAUCCUUUACGUGGGAGUAGAACGACAGCAGCCCGGUCUGAUCCUGAGUGCGUGGAUGUGGGGCGUCAUCGACUGUUCCCUCGACGCCGCCGUCGGGAUCGCUUCGGGAAACUUGACCUUCAUGGACUCGCUUGCACGAGAGCCAAAGGCAAGCCCGGUGACCGAGUCAGUAGAAAAGUCUUUAUCGUUAUACAGAAAGAUGUACGGCAACACUACCACGCAGCAGACCACGCCAACGACCAUUUUUGCCACUGAUGAUGAAGGUCCUCGCAGCAACGACACCGAAUACGCAAGAGCUCGGAAAGCAACCUUAUACAAGAAGGUGUACGGAAACUCUAUUGUGAUGCAUAGGAUGCCGGCCACCAGUGCCAUUAAAUAUGGUCCUCUUGCCGUGUACGUCCCAUCUCACAAAGUACCGGCACCUCAGGUGGUCGACGACGCAAGCGCCGCCAAUACUACGGUCUAUCGGCUUACAGACGAACAGGUUUCCGUGCUCGUUCUUUACAUCAUACUUCGUCUGACCGUCAAGCUCAUUGCGCUGGCAGGCAUCAAGGACUACGCAAGCCAAGUAAUCAUUCAGCGCAAGAGGCGGUAUCUGGAGACGACCCAGGAGACGACCAUGAAGGACUCUACCGAGGCGCUGACGCAGCACUCGACCCACGGAUCCACGGUGUCCAUGCCAGUCUUGGCGCACUCACCAACGCAUCAUCUGGCGCCCCAUCCAGGUCAUGCGCCCCAUCCAGGUCAUCCGCCGCAUCUACCACCACCGUAUCCAGUGCAUGGUCACCAUGCAGGCGCUCCUGGCUUGGCGCCGCAUGGAAGACCACCGUAUCCAGUGCAUGAACAUGAGCACGGUCACCAUGCAGGGGCUCCGGGCUUGGCGCCGCAUGGACGACCACCGUAUCCAGUGCAUGAACAUGAAUACGGUCACCAUGCAGACGCCCCUGGAUUAGCGCCGCAUGGACGACCACCGUAUCCAAUGCAUGAACAUGACCAUGGUCACCAUGCAGGGUCUCCUGGCUUCGCGCCGCAUCUACAACCAACACACCCAGGUCAUGAACAUGAACAUGGCCACCAUCCUGAACCUCCUGGCUUCAAGAAUUUGACCCACCAUAUAGGACACACGUAAUACUUGUACGGUAUUAAACUUUCCGCCUGAUAUUUUACUUGUCCGAACAUCGAAUUUGUCUGCCUCGUCCAAUAAGGGCCCUCGGAACUGCGCAGUCUGAAGAACAGCGAAAGCGAUGAUGUGGCCUUAUUGAUAUUGCAUCAGAAGACAAUCAAGGUUUAGUUUUCCUUGAACUGCAUCUUCAUAUAAUCUAGUUCGAGAAGGCGCGUGUCCUGUCUUGUCUAUGUAUCUUGUUUGAGCAACAACUAUAGAUCGUUUCAAGAUGAACAGUGCCGGCCCCUUGGCUGGUUCCUUCUGCGUUUCCAGGUACGGUUUCUACAAGACGACCGCUCGUUUUGGACACAGUGCAUAGUGUGAUACCCUGGUUGCGGUCAUUGAAAAAGCGUCAGGUCUCAUGUAAACAACGCGCUAGGUAUUGGAAGCGCCAGGAAAUUCAACUUUUUGAAAUAUAUAGUGCUUGUGCUUCUAGCUUGAACCGCUUUUCCGCUGUCACAAGCUUUAAAAUGCGUUCGUUUCUUGGCGAAACAAGUGCACUUUUUUAUUCUGACCGUGGAUGUUUACUGUUUUUACUGUUUUAGUUCGUGCAUUAUGUAUACCGUGUGUUUCUGUUUGCUGUGAGGCUGCCCAGCGUAUGGGGUGGCCAGAUUCCCCUCAAGCUGCUCAAUGCAGCUUUUUUGUUGCAACCUUGUCAAUAAACUCGAUAAAC